ACAAUAUUUAAAGUCUUCUGGUAGCUUUGUGUGAGCAAGAGCAUGUAACCGACAUCAGAAAGUGCUUUAAUGUAAGAAUAUUCCAGUUUGGCUAAACAUCUUCUCUCAUCACUGCAGAGUUUGGAGAGGUGAAGAGUGGAUCAUCUGGACAUGCAUGGAAGGAUCUCGCAGUUGUUCUUGAUUAAUACAUUAACAUGUGGUCUGGAGGUAUGUUUGGCUGCUGGGACCAUCUACAUCCCACCGCUGCUGCUGGAGGCAGGGGUGGAAGAACGAUUCAUGACCAUGGUACUGGCUGUGGGACCUGUGUUGGGGCUGAUCGCUGUGCCUCUAAUUGGUUCGGCGAGUGAUAGCUUGAGAAGUAAAUAUGGUCGCAGACGUCCCUUCAUAUGGGUGUUGUGCAUGGGUGUCCUGCUCGGUCUCUUGAUCAUCCCGCAGACGUCCACCCUCGUCACCCUGCUCACAAAACAACAGCGGCACUGGCUGGAGGUCCCGCUGCUGGUCCUUGCAAUUUCUUUGAUGGAAUUCUGUGGUCAGGCCUGCUUCACACCUUUGGAGGCCUUGGUUUCUGACCUCUUUCCUGGAGAAGAGGAGAGUCGCAUGGCUUUCUCCGUCUACUCCCUCAUGCUCAGUCUCGGCGGAUGCAUUGGCUACCUGCUGCCCGCAGUUGACUGGACCACUUCAGAUACCGUGGUCUACUUGGGUGGACAAGAGGCCUUCAUCUACAUUGUUCUGACCUUCAUUUUUAUUGCUUGUUUGAUGGGUAUGGCCUUCAUCUCUGAGGAGCAGACGGGACGAAAACUUCUGGGGAACGCUGAGGUUCCCAGAAGGCAUGAAAACCUGAAGACUUGCUGCUGCCCUCGUGUGGCAUUCCCUAGAUUUCUGUUUUUGCGAAGGACGUUCUCUAGUCUCCUUUCUGUGGUUCCCCGAAUCUACUUGCUGUGCAGUCGCAUGCCAAAAGUCAUUGCAAGGCUGUUUGUCGCUGAGUUGUGCAGUUGGAUGGCACUUAUGUCCUUUAUGCUCUUCUACACGGACUUUGUCGGAGAGGGAUUAUAUAAUGGGGUUCCCAGUGAUGAGCCAGGCUCCUCGGGAAGGAUACGCUAUGAUGAAGGUGUGAGAAUGGCCAGCCUGGGUCUUUUCCUCCAGUGUGUGACCUCUGUGAUCUUCUCAUUGUUUAUGGAGCGUAUGGUGUUGUGUGUUGGAGUCAGAAAGCUGUACCUGAGCAGCGUGAUCCUGCUGGCUGUGAGUACAGCAGUUAUGACCGUAUCCCACAACAUUAUACUAGUCACCAUCAUGGCCGCUGCUACAGGAUACACCUUCUGCACCCUGCAGAUUCUGCCAUACACGCUCACAUGCCUGUACCACUCAAAUUCACAGCUGUUUUUCUCCAGCGAGAGGUGCAAAAUUCCUCGCAGGGAGGAUGAUCUAAUGUUAAUCAGAUCAGAGACGCCGUCCUCGACUAAGCAGAAAAGAACUAAUGGGUGUGUCAAUGGGUAUCCAGGUGCAAUACCCUUCCAGAGCAAUAUAAAAAACUCACAAUCACUUGAUAUGCAUGUGUCUAUCACCUUGGAACCACAACCUUCAGCCGUCAGAGGCAUGGGCACAGACAUCGCCAUUUUAGACAGUGCCUACUUGCUGUCUCAGGUGCUGCCGUCCCUCUUUAUGGGCUCCAUCGUGCAGCUCUUCCAGAGUGUGACUGUAUACAUGGUCUGUGCAUCUCUGUUGAGUCUGGUGGCUGUGUAUUUCUCCAGUAAGAUCGUCUUUGAGAGAGCGGACAUUGAUACGAGAUGACUGAGAUGUUACCAACACAGCAACAGCCUCUGGAUAGUGACAAACACUAUAAAAGGCAGCUGGUUCUGUUUACUAUUUUUGAAAAGAGAGAUGGCAAUGUGCGAUUGAACGCAUACAGGUAAUUUAUUAGAAAAACAAUUUGCUGUAUAUAGUCGGCAAACAAUAUAUGGUCAUACAUUUACGUUAUUUGAGCCUUAAAUUAUUUGACAGAACUAUUGUUACAUAACAUGUGGCUUACAAUAUUAUAUUUGCAAUAUUGCACAAUUGUGUACCUAUUAAGGAGAGCAAUUACACAAGUAACAAUGAAGUAUUAGAAGAUUUGGGUGUAUCGAAGUGCAGAAAAGUAAACAUUCUGAAUGUUUAAAGUGAAGAUGAGUAAGAGUUUGAGGUUUUGAAUAUUGUGACACAACCCUUAUGAUUUAGAUCUUAAUGGUUUAUUUAUAUAAUAUUUUAUAACACAUUUGUUUUGGUAGACACAUAUCUCUAUGUAUAGGAUUUAAUAUCAAAGAAUGUCUCUAUAGUUAGGUACUUUUUUGUUUUGGUUCUAAGAUAUAGCCUAAUGUUGCUAUCUUUCAGCACCUUAAUCUAAAAGAUAAAAGCUAUUUGCAACUAAAUUCAUUAAAAUAAAAUCUAAUAAACUUAUGCUGCAUUUUAUAAUUGAGGUCUGGCUAUGUAAGGACUAGCAUAAUAUAAUUUUUAGCCAUAGCAUAGCCAGCCACCUCUUGACUUGUGAUGGGUGGCAUCAGACAGUUCUUUAUCAACUACUGCCAUCUAGUGUCUCUAUAGCAGUUGCUUUCCCCCUUUUUUCCCCUUUUUUUUCCAGCACAGACAUAUUUACCCAUAUUUGCUCCAUCAUUCACUCAGGUCUCAUAUAUUUCCAUGUUUUUCUUAAUUUUUUCCUUUUCUUUCAAUUA